GGCUUUGCAAUGGAACAUUUGUAAUGGCGGUCAAGGUGGCAACUUAGCAUGAGGUGAUGAAAAAAGAAUAAAUGCCAUCUGACAAGUGAAACUGAAGAAUCCAAAAUAAACGAUAAAGGUAAAGUUAUUUGCAAUAAUGCAGAAUGUCACACAAGAUGAGGACCAUGACUCAAACAAAGAAAUAAGAACUGUAGAAAUUGAGCAAGGUAGUCCUACAGGGCCGUCGUAUCCAUCACCAUUGCCAUUGGACGAAACUCAGCCGUUGCCGACAUCACAAUCGACGUUUGGACCCGAUAUAUCUACAAGCGAUGACGAUGAAAUAUCAGACGUGGCAUCCUACCUCGCAGAACAGGACAUCGAGGAUGAUGUUGAUGACCAAGACCUGGAGCCUUCUACUUUCCUGCUGCCAACUGAGGGCAUGGAAGCUUCCAAUCUGCCAUCUAUAGACCCAGAGACGCACGCGCGCCUGGAGGCUCUAUUAGAGGCUGCAGGUAUUGGAAAGCUUUCCACUGCAGAUGGAAAGGCUCUUACUGAUCCAGAAGUCUUAAGGAAACUCACAUCAUCAGUCAGCUGCGCUCUGGACGAAGCAGCACAAGCACUUCAUAGAAUGAGAGCAGAACAACAAGGCCAACUAGGGGUCAUCGAGGGCUCAAGGUCGUUAGCAGAGGCCUGUAGUGAUGGAGAUGUACCCACCGUUCGUAAACUGCUUCACGAGGGAGGCAGUGUCCAUGAGACAACAGAGGAGGGGGAAAGUCUUCUGUCUCUGGCAUGUUCAGCGGGAUAUUAUGAACUUGCACAGGUGUUGUUAGCCAUGAAAGCCAAUGUUGAAGACCGGGGCAUUAAGGGAGAUUGUACACCUCUAAUGGAAGCUGCCAGUGGGGGAUAUGUAGACAUAGUCAAGCUGCUUAUCACCCAUGGAGCAGAUGUCAAUGCCCAGUCAUCAGCUGGUAACACACCUCUACACUAUGCCGCCUGUGGUGGCUACGAGGACGUGGUACAGGUUCUGAUAGAUGCUGGUGCAAAUGUGGAACAGCAUAAUGAAAACGGACACACCCCUCUUAUGGAGUCUGCCAGUGCAGGACAUGUUGGUGUGGCUCGCAUACUUCUCAGCUCUGGUGCUGGCAUCAACACCCACUCAAACGAGUUCAAGGAGAGUGCUCUGACCCUCGCCUGCUACAAGGGUCAUCUGGAGAUGGUGAAGUUCCUGUUAGAGGCUGGAGCUGACCAGGAACACAAGACAGAUGAGAUGCACACAGCACUUAUGGAGGCUUCCAUGGAUGGACAUGUGGAGGUAGCCCGCCUUCUUCUCGACAGUGGUGCACAGGUGAACAUGCCCGCAGACAGUUUUGAAUCACCCUUGACCCUGGCUGCCUGUGGAGGCCAUGUAGACCUUGCUAGUCUGCUCAUAGAGAGAGGAGCUAACCUAGAGGAGGUUAAUGAUGAGGGGUACACACCACUCAUGGAGGCCGCACGGGAGGGACACGAAGAGAUGGUGGCACUUCUUCUGGCUCAUGGAGCUGACAUAAAUGCCCAGACUGAGGAGACACAGGAAACAGCUUUAACCUUGGCUUGUUGUGGGGGAUUUCUUGAGGUUGCAGACUUCCUCAUUAAGGCAGGUGCCGACAUUGAGCUCGGCUGCAGCACACCUCUGAUGGAAGCUGCCCAGGAGGGUCACCUAGAGUUAGUUAGGUACCUCCUCAAAGCAGGUGCAAAUGUACGUGCUCAGACAGGAACAGGGGACACCGCUCUGACAUACGCAUGUGAAAAUGGUCACACUGAUGUAGCUGAAGUUCUACUCCAGCAUGGAGCUGACCUGGAACAUGAGUCUGAGGGAGGAAGGACACCAUUGAUGAAGGCUGCUAGGGCAGGUCACCUGUGUACAGUACAGUUCCUUAUCAGUAAAGGUGCCGAUGUGAACAGACAGACAUCCACCAACGACCACACAGUGCUGUCUCUGGCUUGUGCAGGUGGUCAUUUAGCAGUAGUUGAACUCAUGCUAGCCCAUGGUGGUGACCCAGCACACAAACUCAAGGAUGGUUCCACUAUGAUCAUUGAGGCUGCUAAAGGAGGCCAUACCCAGGUGGUGAAGCUACUGUUGGAAUACCCCAACAGGGUCCUCAUGAACUCCUCACCUGACCUUGCCCAGCUUACUGAUCCUCACCUGUCAGAGGCUCGUGUUCCGGUUCAUGGUCUGGCCAAUAUUGUCCCACCCAGUGAUCCUGAUUCUACUCCAUCUACCAACUUUACACCCAACAUACAACCAGGGGCUACAACAAAGAAACAGGGAGAGAAAGAUAUCAAUAUUCCAGUCAGAACCCAAGAGGUUUGGAAAAAUGUACAGAAAAAUAUUGGCAAAAGGCCACAUAAUGGAAAUGGUGAAACUGUUGUUAAAACAAACAAGUCCAAUGUUCCCUUGCCACCAUCUGAUGUUGCGUCAAAUAAUGCCCAAUAUCAAUAUGGGGAGAUCGGAAGUUUGCCUGAUUUGAUACCUGAGGAAACUCUUGAUGUGAAAGCAAGAGAGCGCUUAGAGGCUAUCAUUAACAAUGUGAUGGACAAAGAAUUAGACAAUACAUCCACAAAGGAGGAACAAAUCUUGCGCAAACAACAGAUUUUACAGGAAUUACAAAAGGUUGAGAGAGAACUUCAAGAAAAGGCACAGGCUCAACUGCUGAUCAGUGCUCAGCACCAAAGGGAGCAACAGCAACAGCAGCAACAUUUACAACAAGUUCUACAACAAGGGGCCAAGGUCCUGCAGCGCACCCUCGAGGGCCAAGUCAAGCGCAAGCAGGAUGACUCUCCAGUAGAUGGUCAGUCUGCGGAUGACCAAGAUAAUCAGGAUCUGGCUGAGUCCUCACAAGGGUCCAAUGACCUGGAUAAACAGGUUACUAGUCUGUUUGCGCCCGAUGGGUCCACUGUAGGACAGAUUGUGUUCCCCAAUAUACCAUAUGAUGGGCUGUUACCUUUGACCUCUAGUCAGACACCACAGCCUGGCACCGAGGUUGUCAUGGAGGGUAACAAGGAGGCUUGGGCCCGAAACAAUGGAAAUGUGCCAGUCAAGCGGAACGGUAACAAAGCAGGGACACGUGGCAGUGGGGGUAUGAAGGUUUCAAACACAACUACUGCUACCACCACUACAACAACUGCCACCUCUUCAUCACAAGUCAACGGGGUCGCAAAUGUUGAUCAGGGUUUACAACAGCAAGCGACUCCAGGUUUGCAGCAGACUGCAGGUAAUGGUAAUUCCACACUGGCACUGUACCGUCAGCAGAUCCAAAACAUCCAGGCAGUACGCCAACAACAGCAGCUGACUGCUCCCCAGGUUCAGCAGCAACAUACUCAGACAAUCCAAUUCCCCCAGCUCCAGCUGACACCGGAGCAGCAAGAACAGCUACUGCAAAUGCUAAGUCAGCAGACCCUGCCCGGCCAACCUCUGGCACCACAACCUCUUGCUCAGCAACAGUUCCUUCAACAGCCUGCCCUGCCCCAGACAGGGGUUCAGCUUCUUCCUCCUCCCCAGCCCCAGGGGGCGCCACCGGCAGGGCAGGCUCAGCAGACACAGGUGGUGCCCUCGUCUGCAGCAGCAACAGCAGCUGCACUAACACAACAGCAGUAUCUCACCCAGCAGCAACAACAACAGCUGCUUCAACAACAGCAGCAGGCCCAGCUGCUGCAACAACAGCUUCAGCAGCAGAUCAAACCGCCUCAACCAGCGCCUCCAGCUGUUGCUGUGCCAAAAAAUGCACGCAAGCAGAGGAACCUAUACAAUACCCAGACAGUAUUACAGCCUGGAACUGUCUUGUCACCUGCAGGCAGUGGAAGUCUGGAGAAUAUCACCCCACCACCUUCAACACCUCUAACCCCCAACCCCUCUCCUGCAUCACCACAGAGCAUUUCUCCACUGUGUGCUCCCAUUGACCUUGAUGCACAAACUGAGAGUAACCACGACACUGCAUUGACUCUGGCCUGUCACGGUGGUCAUUCAGAGCUAGUCAACCUUCUCCUGUCCAAGGGCGCUGAUAUUGAACACCGAGAUAAGAAAGGCUUCACACCGCUUAUCCUGGCUGCCACAGCAGGUCAUGUGGAUGUUGUAGAGAUCCUCUUGGACCAUGGAGCUGACAUGGAGGCUCAGUCAGAGCGGACCAAGGACACCCCACUCUCUCUGGCAUGCUCAGGGGGACGGUAUGAGGUUGUUGAGCUGCUGUUGGGACGAGGUGCCAACAAGGAGCACAGAAAUGUGUCCGACUACACCCCAUUAAGUCUGGCUGCUUCAGGUGGAUACGUAAACAUUAUCAAGUUGCUGUUGUCUCAUGGAGCUGAAAUCAACUCCAGGACGGGAAGUAAGCUAGGGAUAUCCCCUUUGAUGCUAGCAGCAAUGAAUGGUCACACACCAGCUGUGAAAUUACUACUCGACAUGGGCAGUGAUAUCAAUGCACAGAUCGAGACCAACAGGAACACAGCAUUGACACUAGCCUGCUUCCAAGGUCGUCAUGAGGUUGUCAGUCUGUUGGUGGACCGUAAAGCUAACAUUGAACAUCGUGCAAAGACGGGUUUGACUCCACUGAUGGAGGCGGCGUCUGGAGGCUAUGUUGAAGUAGGACGAGUUCUCCUUGACAAGGGAGCUGAUGUUAAUGCCCCACCUGUUCCAUCCUCACGUGACACUGCUCUUACCAUCGCUGCCGACAAGGGCCACUACCGAUUUGUUGAACUACUUCUCCUUAGAGGUGCUGCUGUGGAUGUGAAAAACAAGAAAGGCAACUCUCCUCUCUGGCUGGCAUGCAAUGCAGGGGGACAUUUGGAUGUUGUUCAGUUGCUGGUGUCGGCUAAGGCUGACAUUGAUAGCCAAGACAAUCGUAAAGUCACCUGCCUGAUGGCAUCAUUCCGUAAGGGGCACAUUAAGGUGGUGAAAUGGAUGGUAAAACACGUCAAUCAGUUCCCCUCUGACCAGGAGCUAGCACGAUACAUUUCAACUGUCGGGGAUAAGGAGCUGCAGAAGAAGUGCCAGCAGUGUAAAGAGAUCAUUGUAAGUGCCAAAGAUCGCCAAGCAGCUGAGGCUAACAAGAAUGCCACCAUUCUGUUGGAGGAGCUAGACAAGGAGCGUCAACAUGAGGAAAACCGCAAAGCUGCCGCUGCUAAGAAACGUGAGCGCAAAAAGGCAAAGAAGCGGGAGAAACAACAGGAGAAGGAGAAAGAAACUGAGGAUGACUGUCUGGUGAACUGCAGUGUAGAUGACAGUAAGAACUCGUCUCCGGAGCCUGAAUGUAACAGUGUGGAGGAGAACCCAGGGUCAGAGGAUAGUAAUGAUGUGGAGGAUUUAGUCAUGGAACCACCAACAGCCACCAUUGUGUCCACUAUUGGAAUAGCAUUGCCUACAACUAACACGGAGCCAAAAUUUAGCAAAGUGAACCGCAUGAAGCCAACCACUAACACCAACAAUAAAGUGGAAAGUGGCAAGGUGAACUCAACUGAGUCCAAGAAAAAUAAACGAAACCGCGAAAAACGUGAGCGAUACCCAGAUGUGGAGAACAUGCCAAUCCCUACAAUGUCUAGUUCUAGUGGUGACAUCACCACAACAACUACCACCAUUACUGUGCGGCCAAGUCCAGGACGAGCAAACAACAGGAACAGCACAGCCACUCGCAAGAAAAAGGGGGAGCGUGAUCAGGUGCUCAAGAAUGCGAGCACAGGCAUUGGUGAUUUGGAUGACUUUGGAACAUUACCUGAGAAUAUGAAGAUCAGUGACAGAGAGCUGGAACGAAUGAAAAAAACGGGAGGAAAAGUGAAAUCUUCUGGAUCUGAUGUGGAUAACAAGAAACAUCACCACUCUCAUCCAAUGUCGGACAAGGGCAAUGUCGAAGUGACCACCACCCCUUCAAAUCUUUCUGUGAAAACGUCGUCCCUUGUCAAUAGUCCAAAGAAGGGACAAAAGAAGGAGGAAGGCUGGAAGGAAGUCACUAGAAAGAAAUCCUCAACCGCUCCUGAUGUUAAAGGUCCAACAGGCAGAGACAGAUCCAAGAAAGUGCAGGUGCCAUCAGCAGCUAUCAGUCGAGUGAUUGGACGAGCAGGAUGUAACAUCAAUGCCAUUCGAGAGGUGUCUGGGGCCCACAUAGAGGUUGAGAAGCAAAGAGGCUCCGGGGAACGUGUUAUUACCAUCAAGGGUUCUGCUGAUGCCACUCGCCAGGCGCACACCCUGAUCUCUGCCCUGGUGUCUGAUCCCGACAAAGACUUGCAGGAGAUCAUUCCCAAGUUGAAAUUAAAGCCCUCCUCGUCCUCCAAGGAUCAGUCCAUCUACUUCUCAGUGGAUCCAACCACCACUGCCCUGGGCACCAUCAGUAACAACAUCAUGAACCCUGGUUCACAGGGCCUUGGCCAGAAGUCCAUCGGUAACUGGAUACCUGUGAGGAGUCAGCCUGGGAGUGUAACCUCUGCUGGAGGGACAGGUAUCAGUAAUGGAGUUCUCCGUGUGUCAGGAGGCUCUAUGGCCAACCCUCCAACUGGUGGAGGUAUUGUGUGGGGCAACACACCACCACAAAACAUCGUCAGUUCUCCUAGACGCAACCAGACAAAGCAGUCCCCUGCAGGUGCAGCAUUUCCCUCACCAGUAGGGAGUGGUUCAGACAAGACAGCCAUGCGACAACUGUUCCCUAAUGAGAACAAGAAGGGAGGUGGUUUUGGCAGUCCAUCUCAGCCAUCCACCAACACCACUGUCACAUACAGUUUGGCAUCAACUUCUGCUGCCAAAGUCUCGACAAGUGCUUCAACGUUUGUGGUGAAGUCAGAUAAUGGAAAGUCCUCUAGUUGUGGAAAGUCAUCACAAGGGAGACAACCAGGACCUGGCUCCAUCAAGGUUUUGCAGAGGCCAGCUAGCCAGAAGCAGGAUCCACUUCCCAUUAUAAGUAACCAGCAGGUUGCCAACUCUGGCCUUCCUGUGACGUCUGUUGAUGGCCAUCCUGUGAUACCAUCCAAUGCCAGCGGAAUGCCAGGCUUCUCUCCCUUCAAUAAUGCAUUUAGCAAUGUAGCGGAACAGGUUCUUGGGAACAAAAAGGAUGAUAUUGCAGAGAGAAUGAAUUUUGCCAGUGUUGCUGCAGCAGGAGUAGUUUCAUCCAUGGUGAAUUCCAACAGCCCUACACCAGACAUGCUGAAGAGUGAUGCUUCCCUACAGGCUAAGGCUCCGGGAUACAGGGGACAUGGCUCAAAGCCAUUAACACAGCAGGACUUAGCAGAUCCUACCAAUAACCCAAUAUUUAUUGGAGGGUUCCCACAAAAUCUUGCAGACUUGGAAGCGGCCAGAACACCUGGGUACAGAGGAAACAUGCCAAACCAGUCCCCGUCAAUGUCACCACGUUCCGGAUCAUCUACCUCAGGUGGGCUGUCUCCACGAGGACAGCACAUGAUGAUGGAUCCCAACCAGUUAUCCAUGGGCUCCAUACCGUCUUUGUCUAGUCAGAAGGACGAGUAUUCCACACCAUCACAACCCAUGACUUUACCCAAGAUUGAGAGUACGCUCAAUCCGAAUGCACCGAACUUUACAUCACGACAGCCAGGCCAGCUAAACCACCAGGGUCCAAAUGUACCGAACCCCUCCUUCCCAAUGGGCUACAUACAGAGUCUGUACCAACAAGCCUUGGCACAACAGCUAAUCCAGCAGGCUGCACCAGGUAAGCCUCCACCAGGUGGAAUUGGUGGACCUAACCCAGGAAUCGUACCAUCAAAUAUGAUAUCUCAACAGGACUUUGCCAACCUAAUCCAUCAGUUUGUUGCCAGUGGACAAGCCCAAGCCCCUGGUGGUCCACCAUCUGUCCCAGGGGGUCCACCACCAGCCCCAGUUGGGAUAGGAGUGCCAGGAGCAAGACCACAGAACCCACCACAGCGACCCUUCUCACCCCUGCCACCACAGGCACGCCCUAGCAGUGCUCCCAGUAUUGGGGUGAUGCCAAAGGAAGGACCUUCCCCUGGACCCAUAGGCCCUCCUCCCAGCGCCACAUCACCCAUGGCUGCCACACCACCUCUUCAGGAGCAGAUGAAGGGUGACCAGGAAAGGAGACCUCCACGUCCCGUUGGUGCCAUUGGGGGCGAGCGUGCCCAGAGAAGAGCACCAGGGGCAGGUGUGACAGGAGGAGGACCAGAUUAUGGGAAAUUUUGGAACCUUGCAUCAGAAUUGAGUAUGCAAUGGAACCAUGGGAGUACUAGUGGAAUGACGCCAGUACAAGGUACACCCCCAACUUCCUCAUCUGUGAUGAACCGUAGCAAUAUGUCCUCCACGCAGGGACCUGCCCAUGCCGAGGAGCGAGUAGGACCUAGUCCCAUGCAGAAUCACACAGACUACAUGGAGUCUCGGGGUGACAUGCCUGAGCAGCCUGGCAUGGACAAGACACUACCGAACCAGAACAUGAGUAGUAUGCCAUUUUUUGGCAAGGUAAUGGAUGGGGGACAUUUUCCCAUACAGCAAACCUCCUUUAGCCCAGGCCCUGUAGGUGAUGCUAUGUGGAACCCACAAGUCAAAGGUCAGGUGCCUGACGCCUCGGACAAGAUGUGGAAUUCAUGGAGUUCACAGACGAGCAUGUGAUGUGUUUGGGCUCAGAAUGUGACAAGCUACGAAGAUUGAAAUAAAAUUAAUGUAUGAUUAAUCGUCCUGGAGUAUAUGGUGGUCUGUUCUUAGUAACAUUGGACUGGCUUGAUUCCCUUGUGAUGUGUAUUGGACUGCAUCAAGUCAUAAAACGAUACCAAUUUAUGUUCAUUUGAAAUGAAAGAAGAAUAUUUGCUUAUUUCUUUUUGUUUUGUUUAAUUUUUUCCUUGUUACUUCUUGAGGCAAAGCUAUUCCUUUCUUGGACACAUAGAUAAAUGUAAACAAGGUAUAUAAUAAAUACAAAAACAAACCUUGAUAAA